CACAAAUCAAGUGACUUGUGUGGCGCAUAUGUAUUCGGUGCCCCUAUGUACCAAUAUUUAUGUUUUCAAAUAAAUAAAUAUCCCCAAUAAACUCCGAUGAUAAAUUUACAAAAGUCCCUUAAAUUACUGACCACCCACUAUAAUUGUAUUCCUUGAUAAUAAGUCAGCAUUUUACUCUGCCGACCAAGAGGUUAUAUGUCAAUGUUUACCAUUGGAAUAGGUAUAUACACCUGAUGUAAACUCUCUACCUAAAUACUACUAGUCGAGUUAUAUCCUACUGAUCAUAGAUGUCCCCUCAGAAAAAUACUUUCGCUACCUAAAUUUUCAGAGGCGACAUCCCAGGAUGUCCUCUUGCUGACUUAGAACACUCAGCUGACAUAAUUCUAUUCAGCGAAAACGCUGAUAAAAGGCAGAGUCUUCUGAUUUUCGUAAAUAAUAACGUUAGCAUGCUUAGGAUGUGUUUUUCUCCCUUUAAAUACAGAGUGCUACUUGAAGCAUUUUCUGUUCCGACUGUCAAACUUAUAAUGGGAGUGAAGUAGCUGAGUUCUUUGACCGUUUCGUCCGCUCUGGCGGGUUUGUAUCCAAAGAAGUCUUGGAACGAAUUUAAAAAACCCUGUUGGUUCCUGCCAACGUACGUCAUUUGUGGCUUAAGCAUAAUGUCUAUUUCCCAAUUAAAGGGCGUGUAUACUGCUCUGUUCUCCCUUAUGGCUUUGAAACAUAGUCUAUAGAAACUUGGGGUAAUACACAUCUGUGCUAGGUUCUGUGAUGAGGACGUUUGUCUCUCUGCCAAUGCAUCAUGUUACAAGUGUUUAAUUAUUUGUGAAAUUAAUGAAAAAAAAAGAUAUUUACUACUCAAUCGACCAAUAAAAUACAUCUAGACAAUAAACUCCCAAACUCAUUUCAAUCUAUAUUGUUCGCUUUUUGCUGUGUCUUUUCUCUCAAUAAACGUUGAUUUUAAUUGUACCUGUGAUAUUUAUUGUUGUUCUCACAAUUUUGGUAAUUUUGUAACUCAGUUGACACUUUAUGCCUUUGUUGGGUUAAGUGAAGUGUAUUUAAUAAUUAUUUUGAAAUAAUGUUUCCAUAAUUUCAAUUUGAAACAUUACUAAAAUAAUUUAUAUGUUUAAAUCUUGACCAUAUUGUUUUUAUCAUUGGUCAGAAUGAUAAUUCACUUCCUUGUAAGGUUCAGAUUUUCAGUAAAUGGUCAUUAUUAUGAACUAGCAAAACAACUUUUUGGAUGGUGUACAUUUUCUAUUAAUUGACCUUCAUAUUCACAAAUUUGUUUUAUUUACUUAUUUGAAAUAUUUAAUUUCUGUAAGAAUCUCAAGUUUUGUGUUGUUUUUAUUUGAAAAAUAGGUUUAAUCUUUCAGUCUAAAUACUGUUUAUCAUUGUUUGAUUGAAAAUAUACUUUGAGGUGACAAAAACAUGCAUCAAUUUAUCUCAGAUUAAACUGAAAUCAUGCUUCGUCUUUGUUCUCAUAUUCAUAUAUCGUUUGAUCGUUUCCGAGUAUUUUCAUGUAAACACUUUAACAAGUAUAUCCAUUCUUCUAUUCCUAUUAUAUCUCAAAAGAUAACUUCAUUGUCUAUUAACCAAACAGAGUAUGCUAAGACGUUAGCAGAUUCCUUAAUUCAAGGUAAUCGUUAUAGUUUAGCAAGAGCAAUUACACUUUUGGAAUCUUCUAAAGCUGAACGUCGUGCUGAGGGUCAAUAUAUUCUUGAUACAGUAAUAAAACAUUUGGCGCAACAAGAACUAAAAACUGGAAAGUUUACAUUCAGAAUUGGUCUCUCUGGCCCACCAGGUGCUGGGAAAAGUACAUUUAUUGAAGCAUUUGGUGGUCGCCUUACAGGUAGUAAACCAUGGAAUCCUGUAAUUAAUACUUCUUAUAAAUCUUAUGGUAAACAGCGGUUAACACUAGACGAAGAACAUUUCAAUCAAGAAAUCAGAAAACUUCAUCGUGUAGCUGUCUUAGCAAUAGAUCCUUCUUCACAUACAACUGGUGGUAGUCUCUUGGCCGAUAAAACUCGAAUGCCUGAAUUGUCCAGUAAUAUGAAUGCCUACAUACGACCAUCCCCUAGUGGUGGAAAUUUAGGUGGUGUUGCUCGUGCAACUAGUGAAUCCAUCCUACUAUGUGAAGCUGCAGGAUUUGAAACUGUCCUCGUAGAAACUGUUGGUGUUGGACAGUUAGAGUUCGCUGCUGCAGAUAUGGUUGAUAUGUUUGUUUUGAUUAUUCCUCCUGCUGGAGGUGAUGAAUUACAAGGCAUAAAACGAGGGAUUGUUGAAGUUGCUGAUCUGGUUCUAGUGAAUAAAGCAGAUGGUGAACUAUUGCAUCAAGCUCGUCUUAUUGCUAAAGAAUAUUCGAACGCUCUCAAAUAUAUGCGUUGUCGAAGACCUAAUUGGAUUCCGAAAGUACAACUUGUAUCCAGUCUAACAGGUGAUGGACUUAUUGAAUUUUGGUCUACAGCUUUUAAAUUUCACCAAUCACUAGUUAAAUCAGGUGAAUUACAGAGAAUACGAAAAGAACAAUUGAGAGUGAGUUAAUUCAAUUAAAUCUAGGUUUUCAACGUUUUUUUUUCUAUAUUAUUUUCUACUCCGUUUUUUCUUUACCUUAAAUAAUUAGUUCAUGUAACUCACCAACUUCAAAUCAGUGUACUUAUCACCGAGGUACAAUUUAAAUAUGAAAGCUUAAUACUCUUGUAGUGACUGGUGCAAUGUCAUGUUCACAUAGUCUAUUCUAGCUUCUGGAAUAACCAAUUUAUCCAUUCUUCUCAAGCUACAUUUUCCCCUUGUUGAUUAUUCGCUUAUCAACCUUGAGUGUUUUUAUAUAUGGAUGUGGACAUUUGUUAAAGAGGAGAUUUGGCGUAGAUUUAAAAAACAGUCCACUUAUUCUAGAGAAACAAAAAGAAAUCGAAACAUUACUAUUCAACCGAGAAAUCGCUCCUGGUAUAGCUGCUGAAUUAUUACUUGAUAUUGAUCAUAGAAAAUCAUAAUACGCAUAUUGCACAUACCUAUUUAUUGUAUAUUACUAAAUCUAUAAUCACAGAAAUUCUGGACUUUUUCUUUCAAAUUAAUCUCGAAGAAAGUUACUUUUAGUUGGUCUUCUCUACAAUUGCAUUUUAACCCUAUGUUCAUUGUUAUUAUUUAUCUUAAGGAUUGUCUCAGAUAACUAAUUUUAUUUAUUUCGUCAGAUUUGGCGACGAUGUUUUUUCUAUUAAUCUUCACUUUUCAAGUACUUCUUCACUAGAUAUAGAAUAUAAGGAAAAUUGAAUUGGUCAAUUCAUUUGUAAAUCACACUUGAAAUAUCUUUAAAUUUUGUUUCCACAGUUUUUUCUCUGAAUUGAAUAGAUGUGUUUAUGUGUUAUGUGCAAAACUCAGCUGACCAGUCAAAUGGAUGGUGUUAUGACCAGACGCUAUUUUUAUUUCCACUCUUCAACAAAACGAGUAUAAGUUGGUGUAAUUGGAUUGAUCAGUUGCAAAGGUAUAAUUAUUACAUUGUCAACCUUCAUAUAAGUGAUAAAAAUAAGACAUACAAUACCAUUUAUCUUAAACUCAGAGUUUAGAAAUUGGUUAAACUGGUCUCGUUUAAUAAAUGAUAUCCUAGACGAUCGAGUACUAUUGUGAAUUGAUUGGUAUUAGCCUCGUACAUCAUAAGAUCCUGGCUCAGCCGUCUAAAGAGUAAGGGUUCGCGCGCGAGACUGAAGGUACCGGAUUCGAUCCUCGAUGGUGGAGUCGUAGAUGAACAUCAGUAAGAUGUCCAAUACAAGGACGAAACGGGCAUCCAGUGGUUUCAUGUUCUUGAUGUUUGUCUAGUUUAGAUCGGUGUAUGAUCUUCAUAAUAUCCCAGAAUGUAGAUGUCCUACUUUUUGAGUGUACUUCAAAGAUCAUGAAUGUUAAUUAUUUCUAGUUAUUUUUGACGUGUUUCAUCCAUACUCCUUAUAGUUAUCAAAUUAACAAACCUGUAUAAUUCACUUCUAUUUGAUAACUGAAUCCAUGAGUCGAUUUAAACUAGAUCACCACGGAAAACCUGGAAACAUUGGAUGGCUGUUUCAUCCUAAUAUGGGACUCAGCAAUGCGCACCCACUUUCAUUUAUUAUUUACAUUCUUAUUUCCCUUUGACGUGGGUUCAGAUUUUGACUAGCUUUUAGUACAUCUAUUAGUGAAGCAAAAAUUCCUCACUUUAUCAUGGACUGCUGUGUGUAAAAGAUAACUAUAAAUACGACUACAUAGCUCUAGUAAUUGACGUCGUUGAAAAGGGAAUUCUCUUCACUCAAACUGUCUUUAUUCUCUUUAUUGGUAUAAUCUUGCGCUGGAACUCUUUUCACUGCUUGUUAAACCUUUUUCAACUGGCAAGUUGUAUUGUUUGUACUACCCCGUGAUACACUGUCAUCAAUUUGACAAUCACCUCUUGUGAAUAAGAAUAUAUGACAAAUAUGUAAGAAUCUUGUAGUAAAACCCAGCAAAUUGCAACAAUGUCUGUAUGUUGAUGAAAGCUGUAAGCUCAGCGACUAUCCCACAGACAUUUACAAGCUGUUUUAAGCUAAAACAAA